AUGGAUUGGAGUUUGGUGUAUGCGGUGAUGGGUCGAUGGUGUAAAACACGAGAGGGGGAUGGAGGAGUUGAAGGAGCUUGUGGCGAUGAGGAAGUAGAAGAGGAAUUGAACGUGGAGGAAGUAGAGGAGGUGGUGGAGGAGGACGAGGAGGUGGUGGAGGAGGAAGAGGACGUGGUGGAGGAGGAAGAAGAGGUGGUGGAGGAGGAAGAGGAUGGGGUGGAGGAAGUAGAGGUGGUGGAGGAGGAAGACGAGGUGGUGGAGGAGGAAUUUGAUGGGGUGUCGAUUUGGGUGGUAAGGGAGGAGGUAGAGGAGGAGGAUGAGGGGUUGGGAGCGGCAGUGGAGGGUGGGAGGGAGGAGGGACAUCACGGAUUAUUUGAGUGUUUGCAAUAUGAGCAAACCUGCAAGUGUGGGAGUGCUAGGUGUAGAGGUGGAGUUAUUGGGAAGGAAGAGGGCCAAUGGUGCACGUUUCACAUGUAUUGUGUCUAUUUUGGACAGGGUUGUGAGAGAGGGAGACAUCAUAUUUAG